GCCACGUGUACUCCGGACCCACCAACUUGCACCACUAUACUCUUAACUCGCAUAUAAAUUCAGGUCGAAUUUUGCUCCGUUCAAAGCACGCAGCACGCCUCCACACAAAUCUCUCUCUCUUUCUCUUCACAUCCUUUCGCAAAAACCCUUCGUGAAAGGAAAGCAAACAUGGUUGAUCAGGUUAAGCAACCAACAAUCAUGGAGAAGGUCACUGGCCAGCUCCACCGUCGAUCUGGUCUUUCAUCUGGUAUUAGGGGUUAUGAAGGAACCUACCGCCAUCCUGCCAUGGCCCAAAGAUUCUCCUAUGGGAACUACUCAAACGCAGCAUUGAUGAAUCCAAUGGCACCAACUUGCAGGGCAACUGUUGAUUUGUCUGCAGUUGCAACAACUGCUUCACCUGUCUUCGUCGCUGCUCCAGCAGAAAAGAGCCACUUUGUUAUUGACUUUCUCAUGGGUGGUGUUUCAGCUGCCGUUUCCAAAACUGCUGCUGCUCCUAUUGAACGUAUUAAGCUUUUGAUCCAAAACCAGGAUGAGAUGAUCAAGUCUGGUAGGCUUUCUGAGCCUUACAAGGGUAUUGGUGAUUGCUUUAAAAGAACAAUGGCCGAUGAGGGUGUUGUUGCUCUCUGGAGAGGAAACACUGCCAAUGUUAUCCGUUAUUUCCCUACUCAGGCUUUGAACUUUGCAUUCAAAGAUUACUUCAAGAGGCUUUUCAACUUCAAGAAGGACAGGGAUGGUUACUGGAAAUGGUUUGCUGGUAACUUGGCAUCUGGAGGUGCUGCUGGUGCCUCAUCCCUCUUGUUUGUUUACUCUCUUGAUUAUGCCCGUACUCGUCUUGCCAAUGAUUCUAAGGCAGCUAAGAAAGGUGGAGAAAGGCAGUUCAAUGGUCUUGUUGAUGUUUACAAGAAGACUCUUGCUACUGAUGGAGUUGCUGGGCUUUACCGUGGUUUCAACAUCUCCUGUGUUGGAAUCAUUGUCUACCGUGGUCUGUACUUCGGAUUGUAUGAUUCCCUCAAACCAGUUCUUCUCACUGGAAAAUUGCAGGAUAGCUUUUUCGCCAGCUUUGCGCUUGGAUGGCUCAUUACCAAUGGUGCAGGUCUAGCAUCAUACCCUAUUGACACUGUUAGGAGAAGAAUGAUGAUGACCUCCGGAGAAGCUGUCAAGUACAAGAGUUCCUUUGAUGCAUUCCAACAAAUCCUCAAGAAUGAGGGUGCUAAGUCAUUGUUCAAGGGAGCUGGUGCUAACAUCCUCCGUGCUGUUGCUGGUGCUGGUGUGCUUUCUGGUUACGACAAGUUGCAGGUUCUUGUGUUCGGCAAGAAAUACGGAUCUGGUGGUGCUUAAUUAUUUAGUGUUUUAAGUCAAAUUUAUUGUUUUUAGAUGGCGAUGAAAAGCAUUUAAGUUCCGAGAGUUAGACUAAUUGCUGCAGCAAAUUUUGUUUAAUAAAUUUACUCGGUGGGAUUUUAUCCCAAACACUUUUAAAUUUUGGUUGGAAAGUUGAAAUUGAAAGAUGAUUUAUUGUAGUGGCAGGAUAAGAUGAUUUCUGUCACUUUGAAUUUCUUUUUAGUGUUUGAAAUAUAUCAAGAAUAUUGUUGUUUUUCAAGAAUAAAGUACCUAAUGACUUUUAUUCCAUGAUCAUCCUUAUUGGGAAGAUCCUUA